UCCAUGGAGGGAGGAGGGUCAUGUGAGACCUUUAUUUUUGGGAGGAGACAUGUGGCAAUAGAGAUUUGGAGAAACUGGGUUCUGUGGGGUGAUCCCAGGGUCUGGGUUCCAGAUCUGGGGGGGGGGAAUCCCACACCUUUUCCCAUAUAGAUUUCCCACAAGCUCCCUGUACACCGCUGGGGUCAUGCAGAAGAAUCUGCACGUGUCCAGGGGGGUCCUGGGGGCGUCCAGGGGGGUCCUGGUAAAGCUGGGGACACCUUUCACGUCACCCUGGUGGUGAUGCAUCCCAGAGUUGGGGAUUCCCCGCCCCCAGUGUCACACCUGAAAAUUGGGUACUCCCCUCUGGGGACCCCAUCUGUGUCCACCCCCACAGACCACACUGUUCCCAUGGGGUGGGGGUGACUUUUGUCAUUCAGUUUACUUUUUGUUAACAGGGGAUUGGGGGAUGCCCCCCCCACGCCCCCAUGUCAAUAAUGAAGGGCAGAGGAGCAGCUGUGGGACGCCACGUCUCGUGUCAGAGUGGGAACUCUGGGGACAGAGUCACUGCAGCAUCCUGGCCCCAUAGCCCCUGUGGCCCCAUAACCACUACAGCCCCAUCUCAUAGCCAUCCCAUCCCAUAUCCAUUAGAUCCACCCCACAGCCAUCUCAAACCCAUCCCAUAUCCACACCCCAUCCUGUUGGGUUUGUUAUGAGGCGACUAAGCGGGGAUUCAGGCUGUCACGGUGCAGGCAGUUGGACUGUUUCAUGAUAAGCACAUAUGGGAGUUAUUUAGGUGCUUGGAACAGCGCAUCCAUCGGCCUUGAGGAAGAACUUAAGCGAGGCAGAAGGAGCUGGAGGAACGAGAAGAUGGACACCACCUGGAGAUGCCACCAUGGCACAAUGUAACCAUGAAGGGCCAAUGGCAGGACUGGUGCUGGGCAGCCUGGGCUGAUAGCACCAAUGAGGUUCUGACAAGUGGACUCUGGAGGGUAUAUAAGAUACUGUUGAGGCACUGGGUGCCAUUUUGCAGCAUUCUGCGUGUGGGUGUCUGUGGUGUGAUGGUCCCAGUGAGGAGAGCUGGCGGGUAGAGCAAGGAGAGAUCGCUAGCCCCUGCAGUGAGGGACCGGUAAUGGUGGCGUGUCUGCGGCAAGUGGUGCCCGGUGUGAGGAGCGUGUGGCUGCUGUCCCUGCCGUGUGAGGGUCGUCUGACUGCAGUCCCUGCUGUCCCUUGGAAUAGCUGAGCAGUGGCCACGAUGGACUCGGUGAUCAAGCUUUCCUGCAGGAGCUGGUGGAACGUGACAACUGCAAGUUUGAGGAGUGGUGCAACGAAAUGGCCGAGAUGCGCAAACAGAGCGUGGCCAGGGGCAAAAUCAAGCACGAAGAGGUGAAGGAGCUCUACCAGAGGUUACCUGCUGAAGCUGGUUCCCCGUACGACUUCAUCUCUCUGGAAUGGCUGCAGAAGUGGCUGGAUAAGUCCACCCCUCCCAAACCUAUAGACAACACCGCCUGCCUGUGCUCGCACGGGAAGCUGCAUCCUGACAAGAUAUGCAUCAUGAAGAGGAUAUCUGAGUACGUGGCUGACUUCUUCUAUAGGAGAUACGGCGGGGGACCCAGGCUGAACGUCAAAGCACUUUGCAAGGACUGUGUGGUAGAAAGGUGUCGAAUCCUGCGUCUGAAAAACCAGCUAAAUGAAGACUACAAAACAGUCACCAACUUGCUGAAGAUAACAGUCAAGGGGAGCGAUGGGUUUUGGGUUGGAAAGGCGUCCUUGCGGAGCUGGCGUCAGUUGGCUCUGGAGCAAUUAAAUGAGCAAGACGAAGACGCAGAGCACAGCAAUGGAAAGCUGAAUGGAAAUGCACCAAACAAAGAUGGAGCAAAUGAGGAGAAGAGAGAGGAGGAAGAAGAGUUAAAUUUUAAUGAAGACAUUGUUUGCCCACAUGGUGACCUGUGCAUAUCCGAGAACGAGAGGAGGGUGGUGUCGAAGGAAGCCUGGAAGAAGCUCAAGCAAUAUUUCCCAAAGGCCCCUGAGUUCCCAAAUAACAAAGAGUGCUGUUCCCAAUGCAAGAUUUUGGAGCACGAAGGAGAAGAAAAUAAAGCACUGCACAAGAUGAUGGCCAGUGAGCAGAAGACGUCCCUCCAGAACUUGUUCCACGACAAAUGCCGGCCUUGCCUGGGCAGCUGGCCGCAGGAGACAGACGAGCUGUAUAUUGUUUCACAGUUCUUCGUAGAAGAAUGGAGGAAAUUUGUCAGGAGGCCGACGCGGUGCAGCCCCGUUUCCUCGCUGGGGAACAGUGCUCUGCUCUGCCCCCACGGGGGCCUCAUGUUCAGCUAUGCUUCCAUGACCAAAGAAGACUCCAAGCUUAUAGCUCUAAUAUGGCCCAGCGAGUGGGAGAGGAUUCAAAAGCUCUUUGUGGUGGAUCACAUCAUCAAAAUCACCCGCACACAAGUAGCCGGGGAGCCCGAGAGCGCGCUGUACAGCUCCGAGCCCCAACUGUGUCCAGAGUGCAGAGAAGGGCUGUUGUGCCAGCAGCAGCGGGACUUACGCGAGUACACCCAAGCGACCAUCUACAUCCAUAAAGUGGUGGAUAAUAAAAAGGUAAUGAAGGAUGCUGCUCCGGAGCUGAACGUGAGCAGCUCAGAAGCUGAAGAGGAAAGGGAGGAAAACAAGCCAGAGGGGGAGCAAGACCCAGAUUUUAACCAGAGCAACGGUGGUGCGAAGCGCCAGAAGCUUUCACACCAGAGCCACGUCUCCUACCAAAAGCAGGGCAUCCGGCGGAGCACCCGGCACCGGAAGGUCAGGGGGGGGAAAGCACUGCUCGUUUCUGCUAACCAAACAUUGAAAGAGCUGAAAAUACAGAUCAUGCAUGCAUUUUCAGUUGCUCCCUUCGACCAGAACUUGUCCAUCAAUGGGAAGAUCCUGAGCGACGACACAGCGACGCUCGGCAGCCUGGGCGUCAUCCCCGAGUCCGUCAUCCUGCUCAAGGCUGAUGAGCCAAUUGCGGAUUAUGAGGCGAUGGACGAUGUGAUGCAAGUUUGUACGCCUGAAGAAGGAUUUAAAGGGACUGGCUUACUCGGACACUGAUGGCUUUACAAGCACUGGCAGACCAGAAGAGAAGAGGAUUUGACAUGGUAGGGCAUUUAGAGAGAAGGUGGAUACGGGACUGAACUCUUGACUCUUCCAGAAGGCAGAAUCCCAUUCUGAAAUGACUGCCCCCAAAAUGCCUUAUGUCAAAGCAGAUUGCACUGAAGGACAUCCUGACUUCAAGAGAACGUUCCCCAUUUUAUAUUUAAUAAAGCAACAGUAGGGUUGGAAAGUGUAGCAGCAGAGGCAGCGUGUGCCAGGUUCAGGCAGAUGUUUGCAGGGGAGGCGGGGGCCUCGUCUGUCCCAGAGGAGUUGUGAUGCGGUCGAUCAAAACCAGCUCCAUCCAUUCUCCGGUAACUCUUGAGGCGUAACCUGCUUCCCUCUUUGAUCCGCUAUUCCUCUUUCAGUACAGCAUGAAAGUAAAGAAAUUGUUCGUUGUGAGGAAUGUCUUCAUCCAUUUCCCUGCAGUGUGAGCCCUGCGCUCCCAGGGCCGGGCUGCCCACACCGCACCGCUCGCCUUCGCAGCUUCACUUCCAGGCGCGACCGCUCCGAGUAACCGCACGGUCUCUCUCUCUGUGAACUGUGUUUUUAGAAACGUGGGCUGUUUUAAUGACUUUUGAUAACAUCUUUCUCUGGUUCGUUACUGCCGGGAGCCCUCUGCCCCUCGCUUCGGACCCAUCAGGGCUGCGGGGCCCUGGCGAGAGGUUUUCCCUCUGUUCUUGUUUUCAGGGAUGCACUAAUUAAUUUGUUUACAUCUCCAGCUCCCAGAAAGGAUCUCUCCCUCUCCCCAGUUGCGUGUUUGUAGCAGGAGCUAGUGUUACCACUUCCAGACUUGAGGAAAGAAAAAAAAAAAAGGGGGGGG